UAAAUUCUAAAACUCGGAUUUUAAACAAACAAACAAACGGCAGCUCAUUUCAUUUGCUCCUAGAGCCGAUUGCAUCAGCUGAAAUUUAGAAAAUAUUCCACCAAUUUGAAUACCACUCCAACUAUUGGAUCUGAUUAGAAACUAGAUGAUUUAUUGUUUCAAUAUGAAAACUAAGAAAACUAGGCAUCUGACAUUCAUGCUUAUUUCAUUUGCACGACAUUCACGAGAUUAUUUUCAUUACGAAUUCAACUACAGAAAACAUUUGAGAUAACACAGUAAAUAUCUGCUAAAAUCUGAUCCCCAUGUGUGUGUAGGCACAUACAGUGUCACAUCUAGCAAUGACAUGCUCGACACUAAUCCUUGAAAUGUUAAAUAUCGAUAGUUUUAUCUUUUGCAGGUGAUACAAUCAAGGUGAUGUACGUGAUAAACUCGAAUGGGAAGAUAUAUUUCUAUUAUGAGAACAUUCCUAUAGGACUUGAGAAAGGAGAUGUUUCAUCGACCUUUGGUUAUUAUAUCCAGUGUGGAAAAGGAGAUUUCCGAGGGCCUACAAUGCGUAUUCCUGAUGAAUGGAUCGAAAGUGGGACGCUAGUGGAAUAUGAAGUUCUCGGUGAUUGUCCAAAUCACAAUUCGUUUGAAGCAUGUCGAGGCGGAGCAACAUCGAAUCCAAAGUGUAUUUGGUGUGAAAUAGCCAAUACAUGCAUCACUAGAAGUGAUAAGGAUAAUCGUGACUUUAAAGAAAAUGGUUGUCGGAAUAAAAGUUCGAUUGUCGAGGUUUCCAGCGAACCGACAACUGUAGCAACUACUGAAACUGAUCUAAUAAAUGAAUUGAAGGAGACCAGUGGAAGCACUGAAUCACAUUUGAACAUGACCACAGAUACAACAAUAGACAUAGAGAAAAGAAAAUCACCGCAAUACGUGUACAUCGUUGUACCAUUAGUUAUAUCUUUCCUUAUUGUAUGCAUUGGUUGUGGUAUUUGGCUGUGGUUCUACAGAAGGAAGAGAGUUUAUGCAUAGUCCCAACAAACAGCUUGUCACUUGUUUUCAUCAAGUUGACUUUGUUUUGUUCAUUUUUUAGUUUAGUAAACACACGUUCUAUUUUGUUAAUCAUUUCAAUACAUUGAAGAUUGUUUCAUGGAACUGCAUAUCACAUUGAUGAUUGUUUACGUAAUGACUGAUGUCACUUUGUUGGUAGAAUAUAAAAAUAUAAUUUUUUGUAUUUA